CCUCUCUCAUAAUUAAAACUAACCCCGUAAGUAAUGGCGGAAAUUUGGAAAGUGUCCGUUACAACUUGGUAGCAAUGAUGCGCUACAUAAGUGAUUUAUUCGAAGGGGGUCCUACAGAUACCCCGACCAAAUUUUUAAUUAUUUAGAUUGUUCACAUAAGCACUGAUUUACCAUGGAAGUCAGUGAAAAUCAGUCAGACAAGAUGAGAGAAGGGGAAUGUCUAGACUUGGAGGACUCUCCUGAGCAGGUCUCCCUAACAGUCAAUUCCCCCAAUGUCAGUGGUCACCUUACCCCUAUGCGAACGAACACUAUGAAAGAGUGUGAACAGUUGAUAGAAGAAUUGAGAAAAGAAAACUUUAGCCUGAAAUUAAGAAUAUAUUUCCUUGAAGAUCGGUGCAGACAAAAAUUUGGCAGUGAUGAUACUUUUAAAAUGAACAUAGAAUUAAAUGUACAAGUAGAAAGUUUAAAGAAUGACGUUUUGGAAAAACAAGAAUUACUGAAAAAAGCAUACCUUGCUCUUGAGAGUCUUUCAAACUCCCACCAACAAGACUUAAAGAAAGCAAUAGAGAGUAAAGAAAAAGAAUGGACCAAAGAUAAAGAGAAUUUACUGAUACAGCUGCAAGAUACGGAGAAGGAACUAGCACUAGCUAAGCAAAAACUUGAAGAUGCAGAUGUAACUGUUGCUCGGUUACAAGCUGAUUUUCAUAACCAAGCAGAGAAACUAAAGGCGACAGCUGAAGUUAAUCAAAAACACAUGAAUGAAGGUUUGAAUAAAGACUCAGACCUCCAAGAUCUCCAAAAAAUGGUGGACCAAUUAGGAAGUGAACUUGAAUCCAAACAUCGCUUAGAAGAUAACUACAUUGAAAAAAUCAAGAAGUUAGAAAAGACUCUAGGAAGGAGAGAAAGAGACUUUGAAAAAUUGUCACAGGUCUUGGAAGCUACUAAACAGAUUAAAAGUGACGAUGUUCUGUUAGAAAGUCAUUACCAGGAUAUGAUAGAUGACAAACAAGAAAACAUCAAGAAGAUGGAGUCAGAGAUUCAGCAGCUGAAUACAUCUAUGAAUGAAAAGGGAGACUCUGUAGCUCUCCUAGAACAACAAUUGAAGAAAGUAGAAAGUGAAUUAGAGACUGAAAAAACUAAUGGCCUCAAAAAGAACAAGUUAAUUAAAGGCCUUACCCAGAAUCUGCAAGAAAAACGAAAUGAGAUACAAGAACUGCAGAAACAUAUUCUCAAAGACAAAGAAGAUCUGAACAAAACUCGACAGGAAUUAUAUGAAGUUAGUCUGCAGAAACACAAAGACAUCGAAAAACAACACAGUACCAUGUUUUCAAAAGAUGAGCUUAUUGAAAAGUUACAAAGACAUGUUCGCGAAAAGGAGCUAAACAAUCAGAAUUUGGUUGAUUCCAUUGAGAAAAAAGAACAGGAACUCAGUUCAUUCCGAGAUAUGCUUACAAAGACACGAGAUGCUUUGAAACAAAGUGAAGAUGCUGUGCAGCAACUCCAAGAUCAACUGCUCCGUGAGAAAAGAGAAGCUAAAGAGAAAUUAGACCAACAAAUGGAUCAAUAUCAGUUAAUGAUUGAAGAUUUAGAACACCAGUCACAUAGUAAAGACAUGUUAAUCCAGCAGUUAUCAGAUAACUUAAAGGAGAAAGAUAAACAACUCCACCAAUACCUGCAGCUGUUACGCAAUAAUAAUGAUGAGAUGAAAAGUGGAGUUAUUGAAAGCCUUGAGGAGAGGUUAAAAGAAAAAGAAGAAUCUCUACAGAAAACCCUGUCGGAUCAAAUUCAUCUUGAGGAAGAAUUUAACAUGGAAAUUCAACAGCUACGUUUAGCUCUGCGAGAAAGAGACAGCAACUUGGAAAAAGCUAAUCAUAUGUUAUUGAGUGCACAAGAAACUAUUGAUAUGAUUGGAAAACAAAGUAAAAUGAAGGAUUUGAAUAUCAACAAACUUUCAGCUGCCCUCAAAGCUGCUCAAAAUGUUCACAAAGAGCAGACUGAGAACCAUUCCCGAAUAAUGGAGGAGAAAGAUGACUUAAUACAACACCUCCAGAAUGCUAUCACAGCUAAAAACAAUGCUUUAGAGGAGUCCUUACGUUUGCAUGUAUCAGAUUCAGAAAACAAAGUUGUUGAACUGGAAAAGCGGAUGUUAGCCAAAGACCAACUUUUACAGGAACUGAUGGAAGAGAAGAAAAAGUCAGCUCUUGGUAAUGAAAAGUCUUCACAUGACUUACUUGAUAAGUUGAAAAUGAAAGAUUCUGAUAUCAAGAAUCUAAUUGAUAAACAGAACUUAGAAAUGGCCGACAAAAUCAGGGAACUGCAGAAGUUACGCUUGGAAAUCAGCCGCAAAGAUUAUGAGAUUCAGACUUUAGAAGCUAAUUCUGCACUUAUUGAAAAGAUGCAAGAAACAGAAUUGAAAAAGUUGCGUUCUUCACUGGAAGAUAGAGAUAAAACAAUAAAGACACUGGUGGAUAGCUGUCAGCAGAAAGAGUCUCUCAUCCGUCAACUUCAGGAAUCCAAUUCACAAGAAGCUGCCAAACAACAAACAAUGUCUAUAGAAUUCCAGUAUAUUCAGGAUGAACUCCGGAAGUACCAAGACAAUGAUUCUGUUCCUGAAGUUAAUGAGAAAUUACAGAACCUUGAGGAACAACUUAAAAAGGCUAAAGAGGAACUCUUUACUGCAUGGAACUUUGAACAUAAGGCUCGAAUGGAUACUGAAAAGAUGCGAGGACGUAUGAUGGAACUUGAACGAGAAAAUCAAGCAUUGCUGGAACUGCGGAAAGAAUAUGUUCACAUGAGAGAUCGUGCAUCUGAAGCUAGUUCACCUUGUCGCAGCAGUGUCAAAGAAUCUGAUCAGAAGCAGAUGUGGGAAUUAAUGCAGCAGCAGCUAGAAGAAAUGAAAGCAUUGAGAGAUUCAUUACUAACAGAACAAAAUAUCUGGGUUUCUCUACGCAAAAGUGCCUUUGAAGAGCCAAGCCAUGUUGAGAGAGAAUUGUUAGCUCUACAGAAUUUAAGGCAACAGUUAGAGCAAGGAAUUGACCAAAAUAAUAAACUACGCUCAAACAUGUUUAGACAACUCAAAGCUGACUUGGAUUCUCAUCACCGAUCCAGCCAGUCUCUUGACCAUUCAAGUAAUGGUGUGCCAGUAAUGCCUUUGUCCAUAGCCCAGGAUGUGAGUCCAACUGAAACCUAUGGUAGUGGCAGUGAGGAAAUAGCUAACUUGCAUGGUCAAACUACAAAACCUCUAUCAAAAUUGGGUGCAAGUUUACCUAAACCUAUUGUAAGUGGUAAUAAAUCACAUUUCAAGGUGUCUGGCACUCGAUCAACCUCUUGUAGCACUCCAGCAACAAGCCAUAGUCUUCAGCAAUUUAUAUUAGAUGAACAGUCAUGUUCAGGCAAUCCAUCCAUUUCUCUAUCUUAUCCGGAACAAAAGCCAUUGUCCCAACAGAACAACAGUUUAACAAAAUCCUCACUGCAGCAGCAACAUUUCCAGUUACAACUAGAUGUUUUACAAACACUUCUUGAUAAGAAGAAUAAAGAAAAUGAACUACUUCGUACAAAACUAGGACUGGUAGAUCAUGUUGGAGAAAUUGACCCCAAACAUGUUCCUGACGUAAACCAACUUAAAAAAGAAGUAGUUGAUUUGAAAAUGGAAUUAAACAAAGCCAGCAAUACUAUUUCUAUUUUAAAACAACAAAUUUCCAUAAGUAGUCAAGAUGAUACUUCAGAGCCACCUUUUAAACCAGAGUUGAUAAUCCACAUGGCUAAAGAAAUUCGCAAACUCCGAGAAGAGCGAAGAUACUGUCGAUGUAUGAAAACUGGUUAUAUUGCUGGAAGUAGCCCUUCGUUUUCCUUUGACAAAGAAAACUCUGCACAUCAUAGGCGUUCAAGAAGUAAGAAGGAACGAAACUCAAGCAUUUUAAAAAGUCAGUCUUACCAAGAAUUGGAUGAACCGCUUGAUUCAGAAACUCAAGUUUUGCAAUUAAAAGAUAAAAUAAAAGAAAUGGAUGCUGUGAUUAAUCUGCAAAAUAAUGAGGUUGAAUGGUACAAAAAAGCUCUUGAGAAAACUGGGAAAUCUCCACGAAAUUCUUCAGAAAAAAGUAUAUAUUUAAAGUCACCCUUUUCCAAAGAUUGUCCUCCUUGUAAGAUAACUGGUGGUGGUCAGGUUAAAACAAUUAAUGACACUCAGUUGGAUUUUCAUUGUAAACAACCUGCAUGUACAGAGAGUGUACAUAGACUAAAGAGCCAAGUGGCUGAACUAAAUGAUCAGAUUCAGCGAGACCUUGAGAUAAUCAACUCUUUGCAGUCAGAACUUGCUGUUCAUAAGAAUGAACAACGGUUGUCUGGUGUUGGUAAGGAGUGUUUAUCAGGUUAUUUGACUGAUCUUAAUGCCAGCCAACCUGCUCCACAAUCUUCUCCACGAAAGAGCAAAACUUUACUUCUGUCUGCUAAUAAUGAUUCUGCAAUAUCUAGUAAACUCUUAAAAAGCCCGCAACAAUCAAUGAUGACUUCAGCUAACUGCACUAUCUCAGAAGUGGUAAUACUGCUGAAGCAUCUGUCUGAGAGCUACAAUGUCAGUAAGCAACUCGCAUUGUAUUUGUCAGAUAUUGAGAAACUGAUUGAAGACUGUGUCCAUGAUAUUUCUCAUCAGCUGAAACUAAAGAAGAAAUUAAAUAAAUUGUUUGCUGUGUCACAGCGUCUUCAGUCUCUCUUACAAGGCCCCUAUGGAGUAAACAGAAAUGGCAAUUCCAACAAUAAUGCCUUAGCAGAUGAUGCUUUGUCACCAGAGAACCAACUAUUUGAUAGAGGAUUUGCUGAUGACAGUGUUGAUAAACACCAACAAACUACAUUAAGUAUGGACCAAAAUACGUUGGAUACUUUGAGUGAAAAUGCCUUAAAGUCCAUGCGUAUACUAGCAGAGGCAGCAACCAUGGCAACAGAUGGAACACUGCUUGGUCAUGACAGCCCCGAUUUGGAUAAACCUGUAUCUAAACUUAUGUCUAUGAACUCUACUGAUAAUACCAAGAUGCAGCUGCCAAAGCAGAAUUGUGUCAGUUCUAAACCUCUGACUGAUAUGUACAGUAAUGGUUUAGAGCAAUAUCAGAAUGAACACUCAACAGUAGAUGCUUGCAUUCCAAAUAAACACAGUCUUUCAGGAAUAGUAGGAGCUGAUAACUCUGGCUCUCUAAAUGAAUUUUACCGGAACUCAGGUCAAUUGAAAUGGUCUCAAGAUAAGACUGAUUCUUAUCUCUCCUCCCAUUACAAUUCCAAAAGUUCUGAGCCAGGCCAAGUUGAAAGCUUGGAUAGUCAGCACUUCUCCAAACAGACUAAUAAUUCUCCAUCAAAGACUAAUCAUUUGGAGGCCAAUCAGUCAUAUAAUGGUAGUCUUCCAAAAUAUCCCCAGAGCCGGUUGUCUGUUAGCAACGAAAGUUCUUUUUAUACAAAAAGUCUUCCUUCAUCUCCUUCCAAUGCAAUCUCUUCCAAAGAUGUUAUCCGAUCCCAUUUGAUGGUGUCACAGGAUUUAAGUAACACCUUACAGCAUGAAAUAAGUGUUUACAACUUUUUGGAAACAUCUACAGCAAACUCCUUGAACAUGUCUUCAAACCAAAGCCUCAAUGUCAGUCAGUUGGAAUCUUUCCACAAGUAUCUCAUGGAGCUGCGAGCUCAGAGAAUCAAACUUGAAGGAACUGUUGAUCGGAAUGAACGACUGCAAGAAAAAUUGGUUACUUUACUUAACCAUGACAGAAUAAAAGGAUCUCCAACAAGUGUAGCUAAAGAUAUUGCCCAAUUAGAGGAACAAAAACGCCAACUAACUUAUUUACAAGAUGUUCUCAGUGAUCAGCAGACUGAACUGGACCAUAGGCACAAUCGAAUUGAACAGCUGUCUCAGGACUUACAAGACAAAACAACACAGUUGGAGGAAAAAAAUAAUCUUCUUCAACAAAAAGAUACUCAGAUAGACCAACUAAAAGAGCAAUUAAAAGAGGCUCGAUCGCAGAUACAAACAUUGGAAUUGGAACUGCAAGACCUUAGGGAACAACUAUCUGAGAAUAAAAAUUUAAAUUCUACACUCAAGUUAGAACUGGAUAUGUAUGAGCAAUUAGAAGUGAAAACUAAAGUACCAGGCAAAUCCAAGAAGUUUGACAUUCGUGAGUUCCUUGCUGAGUUACGAAAUCUCCGUAAAUCAAUGGAACGCUGUAUCAACACCAACAAUAUCCUGCGUCGAAAGCUGGAAGAAUUGCUUGUAUCAAGCAAUAUCUCCUGCUUGUCGACCACCAAUACUUCCCUGAAUCUCAGUUUGGUCAACUCUUGUCAACUUGAGAGCAAGAGUAACAAGAGCAAUUUGACCACCAGUGAGUCAAAGAAGACAAGUAAUCUGUCAUCUGGUGUUCAAACACAGUUAGAACUAGGAAGAUUACAACCAUCUGAUGAUGAACAGCAAGUGGAUUCAGCCCAUGGGAGUGGAGACAGUGAGUUAGCUUCCAGCUACGGCAACAAUACUUCUGAAUUGUUGAAGCAGACAAUUGAUAUUAUUGACUCUUCAUCAUCACCCCCAGUAGCCCAGCACUCUAACCAAUCAUUAUCUCGUAAUCUCUUUGGCUCCCAGUUAACUAAUGCUAUGAAUGAUGAUGUUACCAAUAGUUUAAAACCCUUACAAAUGGACAGUUGUGAUGAGGCUGGUAGUACAAACUCUAGUCUACCCAAUGGACAAUCAAAUGGUUCUGAUAACUUGCAGAAAGAAUUAGAAAAUGACCAAUCAAACAAUGGCAGCAAGGAUGUCAAGUGGACAGAAGAUAUGUUACAUAAAAGUAGUGUGGCCUAUACUUGGCCAGCAUCUCUCUCCUUAGCUAAGGAUCAUAUCACAUACUGGUCAUUUGACCCACCUGGCAGUCCUGCAAAUUCACCAGUGCGUAUUAGCUCAGAUCUUCGUUCCUUAUUUGCUAUUGGUAAACUGGAUGACUAUGAGCUAUUGCGUAAAGAAAAUGGUGAGAUGUCAUGUGUAGUUCGUAACUUACAAGCCCGAUUGCAUGACCGCAUCAAGGUUCACAAAUCUCAUGCAAGUACUGAGCUAUACAAGAAUGCAGAGUACAGUAUUUUACGUGAAUUAUCACUUCUGGUUAAUAAUUUGAAUGUCUGCUUGAAUGAAGAAAGUCGUCUUAUUGGCAAUUUCUGGUUAUCACAACUUCCAGCUCGUUACAAGAAAGGGCAGAUGUCCAAAUUAUUGCAAAACAAGAAGAAUGAAGUCUUAAUGACAGAAAUAAGUGAAAUCCAGAACAGAUAUCUUAAUUCUCCAGAGAAAUUACGAACUGCGGAGGAGAAUGGUCCAACACAUGUUGAAGAUGAUCUACUGUGGCAUAUUAGAGAGACAGAGAAUAUCUUCAAGACCAAUACAGAAACAAGAAUUGAGCAGACGCCCACAACAUCGCAGCUGUCUUAGGAUUGAUAUCUGAACUGUUGUUAUAAUUAUCAUUAUCAUUAUUAUUAUUAUUAUUAUUAUUAUAAUUAAUAUUAUUUUCAUUACUACAAUUGGAGAGUUAGAUGAAUGGAAACUGAGUGAAAUGAAUGAGACUUGAACUGCUUGAACGAAUGUGAAGGUAGUGUGAAUGUUAACAUGAACAACAUUCCAAUGCAGUGUCUUGUUGUCCCAACCCCAAUCAACCCAUACCAUCCCACCUUCCUUACCAUCCACUAAAGACUUCUACAUCAUAAUGAUUGGUUGUGUGAAUCAGAGAUGACCAUUAAUUGCCACCAUUUCUACUGUUGCCAACACAUUUGAAAAUACACAAGCCAGUGGACAUGAAAUGAAAAAUCUUUUGUGUCUCACUUUUGUUAACAAAAGACAUCAUUUCUAUAGUUGGCCAUUUACUUUGUUAUUACAGUGAUCCUGAUGUGGUUGGAAAAUAAAUGUCCAUGAAAAAAGAGGUGCAGUGUUAAUGUCAGCAUUGAGGGAAAAUCAUAAUAAUACGGAUAAUAAUAAUAAUAAUAAUAAUAAUAAUGAUGAUGAUGAUGAUAUUCUAAUAAUUGUUAUUGCUUUUAUUAUAUAUAUUUUACUUUUUUGAUUUUUUUCAAUGUUUACAAGUUUUGUGUUUAUAUAUAUAUAUAUAUAUAUAUAUAUAUAUAUAUACCCACACAAAUGAAUAUUCUCUGCAUAAGUGUGUACAUGUGUUUUAUACAUGCAGACACUGAAACCAACUAUUUCAUGUGGGAGCUUUUGGAGGGAGGGUGGGAUGAUUUCUAUUGUAGUAGCUUAUUCAUUAUUCCUCAUACUCAGUAAUUUCUUUGUUGUUGGUUAGCUUUGGUUGCUCAGUAUUCAGAUACUGAAUCAGUUAAAACUGUAGUCCUUUAAGAUUAUAUAUUUUUAUCAUACUAGUCUCGGAAAUCUUUCUCAUUUGCUGUAGUGAGGCAGUGAUGUUUGUCAGAUUUUUAAUUUCAUGAGUAUUUGUUAGAUCGUUAAUGUAAUAUUAUUCUAUUUAAAUUAUAUGUUAAAUCAAAAAACACUGAUAAUGGACAUUCAUCUAUGUGUUUUUGUUGAUAAAUAUGCACGUGUGUGCUUGUGUAUGCUUGUGUGCACAUGAAUACAUGUAUAUGUGUCGCUUCAUAUUGCUAACACUCACAAAACAGCAAAGCUAUUCCAUUAUACACAUAUACAUAUAUAUUCAAAUGUUUCUUCAAGUUUCCCCUAAUCAUUAUAUGCAUUCACAUACACACACACAUAUAUAUUUCAUUAUGCUUUUCUUUAAACAUCUGUUAUUUGAUAGUUUUGCUUGAUGCCAUGUUAACAAUGUUCAGUAUUACUAAAGGAAAAGAUUUGGGGUUGUUAACCUCGUUAAGUAUUACACAUGUGUACCACUUUAAUGCUGCCUUUGGUAUAUUAUCAUUUGUUGUUUCUAAGCUGACAUUUAAAAUGAUUAACCUUGCUUUGGACUUACCAUUCUAUAUUAGAAUGGUCAUCAACAGUAGAAUUAGAUUUUGCUUUAACCUUCACUCAUUAUUUACAUAGAUUAUUGGAAAGAUUACAAUGGUGUCAUCAUAGUCAUAGCUUGGAAGACAUUUCUUCUAAAGAUUGUAUUUAAAAAUUAACUUUUGAUUGUCUAUGUUGUAGUUUACUGAAUUUAGGUCUGUUCUAGAAUUUUCAUAGAAAGUUUCUAGUACUUUAUAACUCCUGCUUUUCCCACACUAGUAUCACUUUGGCUGUUAUAUAUGUAUGUAGUAUGUCAUACAUCAGUAAAUAAUAGCUUUGGUACAAUGUUAAAUUUGUGUUCCAGAAAUCUAGUUAGUACACUUCUCUUGUGUAUGUUUGUUUUUAAACAAUCCAUUUUGUUUUACAAAUUUAGUGUCAUUAACCUUGUGAUUUGUUAAUUGUAAAUAAUUGCUUUUUUAGCAUGGUUUAUACAGUGAAAUUCUUAGAUGAAGUAAUUUAUUUGAAUUCUUAUUUUCACUCUAAAAUACUUGAUAAGUUAUUCUGUCUUCCAUAAGAUUUCACCAUGAGUAUGAGGCACGUAUGCCAAUUAGAGCACAUCAUCAGGUUCCACUUGGUAGAGAUAACUGCUUCAUUCUAGCAGUCUGCUUUCCCUUUGUUGCCAGCUCAUCAUUGAAUUGCACAACUUUCUGUUGCACUAGAGAUGUUAGUCAAACCAAUAAUUGCUAGUUGGAAAAGUAAGAAAAUGUUUAAAAGAAGGCAUUUAUAGUUUUGAUGAAAUUUAUCUCCCCUUCAAAUAUAUUUUUAUUGCUGAACAUUUUUGAAAUAUCACUUUUCUAUUCUCAAUUGUUACAUGUAGCUUCACUUGAUUUGUCAUUCCCCAAUAUAUAAAUGUAGCUGCUGUGCUUCCAUAUUUAGUUUUCAUUGUUAAACUUUGUUCUUCCCAUCAAAUUGUGACAUUUGAAUACUAUGGUUGUACUUGUUGAAAUUUUUGGAAUUUUCUUAUUUUUCAACUAAGUAUUAUGUUUAGCCACAUUGAUGACCAAAAUGUGAAUCAGUGUGAAUUAAUAUAAUAUCUAUAUUUAACUAAUUAGAUCACACUAGCUUCUUCUGUCUAGAGAUAACAACUACCAUCUGUUUUUCCAUUCAUUAAUGACUUUGUCAACACUAAGUUCUAAUUCAUUGGAUAAAAAAAUAUGUCUCUAAAUAUUGAUGGUUAGCUAACAGUGUGAAACAGAUUUCAGUAUUUUCAUUGAAAUUACUGAAAUUUGGUUAGUAUGGGGUUUGCUGAUUGCUAAAUCAUUUCAGCACAGACACCUUCCUUUGUCAAGUACCUGUGUUGAAUUUUUUUUUUCUUGGUUGUGUGUAAUGUCUCAAUUAGCAAACCCUGUAUGUAUACAUAAAUUUCUUAGUUUGUAAAUGAAGUUUCACUUACAGCUAAGGAUUUCUCUCUUAGUUAGAAAUGUCACCUGUCAUGACUGCAGCUUGUUUUUAGCUGAGUAGCUUUUCCAUAUAAUUAAGCCUACACCACACUCUCCCAGCCCUGCCACUUUAGUUAUAUGUAGUAAUAAUGCCUAAAUUUUUUAUAUCCGCUUACUUUUAUUAUUGUACAUGGCUAUCAAGUAAAACCUCAACCAUUAUUACAUGUUUUGUCUUAACUGUAGAUUUAAAAUUCAAGAAUAUGUUCUUCUGAUAAAUCUUUUUGGAAUUUUUAUUUAAACAUUAGGUGCCAUCUAUGGUGGAAAAAUUGUGGUUAUGUUUCAGCAGUAUCUCUAACUUGUUUCAGUGAAAAAGUGAAUAAGGUUGCUUAUCAAAGACAAUGUGUGUAGUGAGUGAAUCUUCUGUGUGAUAGUAUGAAGAACCCAACACAUAACUGGUCCUCAAAACCUAGCCAUGAUACUGUUUUAGUAUAAUUCCAUUCACAUUGAUGUAUAGAUUAGAUCCUGAUCUAAAUAUAGGUAUUUUUAAAACUGUUCUAUUUCACCAGUAAGAUGUGAUCCUUCUGUGAACUAGUUCAAUUAUAGAAAGGAAUCCAUAUAGAGACAAUUGUUCAGUUGUAGUUUCUGUAAUUAAGUUAAAAAUAACAAGUCAGCAUUUUGUCAUAAUUUAUCAUAUAUUGAGUUUUGAAACUUGAGGGUAAAUGUCUUCCUUAAAAUGUCAUUUAAACAAUUUUUUAAAAUUAUUUUUUAUUCUGAAUUUUAUUUUGUCUUCCCAGCACUUUAUCACAAUGUUUUACUUCUGACUGAAAACUAUGAAACAUCUCUUAGCUGAAUUUAUUCUUGUUAUUUUAUGUUAUGAUUGAAAUUCAGUUUUUCUGAUUUGUAUCAAUGUAAACUGCCACCUCUGUGGACCUUUACUCCACUGGUAAGUUUCCUGUUAAACCUCAGAAAAUACACUAUUUGUGUGAUAAUAAUCUGUAAGGGCUUUGUUAGUGUCUCAAAAUAUGCUUUUAUGUUCCAGCUGUUUUUCUUACAUUUUUCUGUGAUUUUCGAACAAAUCACUUCAUAUUUUUCAACAUCUUUAUUAAAAUCGUCUUCCCAAAAAGUAAUUCCAGAAUUUAAAUACAUUAACAUACAAAAUAAAUCAUCUCACUUGUUAGUGGUUGCUGUUGACCAAUUUGUAGAUAACUUACAAUUAAACAUUAUCACCAUCACAACUGGCAAUUUUUACAAAUUGCUACUCCUCUAAAUUCCUUUGUUGAUGCACUUAACAUGUCAGAAUAGCCUUUUAACAUUUGUGCAUGGAAAUUACCUUAUGUAUAGAAGCUGCUUAUUUAGUAUUGUUAGUAGUAGUAAUACCAAUACCCAUUGAGAUUGCAACUAAUAUAUUUACUAACCUAUUGUUCAGCUGCCAACAGCAUCACCUUCACUUUACCUAUGCAACGUUUCAAUUUUCGUUGGCUACUUGUAUUUCUGCUUACUUCCCUUGUUGCAAGUUUGUUCUACCUUAACCCCCUUCACACCAAUACCACUUGUCUGUUGUUGUUGCUCCUCUGCACUGCCACCAGAUACCAGUAACUAUUCCUGAAUGCAAACACACACACACACACACCCUCGCAGUUAUGUUGUAGUCAUUACUGUUGCAUAGGUUUAGUUUCCAUUUCAUCUAAGAAGGUUCCCUUUUGUGAGAUCACUGUUGCACCCAUAUAUUUAUGGAUGUGUUGUUUGUAGUUUAACAUGUGAUAGUGUUUCCCAAUUUGUUAUCAUUAACAACAAUCAGGUUGUUUAGGUUUUGUUAAAAUAUUAACAUGCUGAUAUACUUCAAAGUUUAUUUUGAGACAAAAUGACAAAGUCCCAACUUUUUGUUAACAAAGAGAUUUUAUUUUCCCUUGAAUAUUUGGUUGUUCAUUUCUUUAUUUGCAACAUUUCUCUGCUGCCAUUAUAUAAAUUUGUCUUCCAUUUAAAAGUUUAAAAAAUCUGACUGAAUUCUUGAGAUAUUCCAAAUAUCUUUUUUUUUUAAUCAAAUGUUAUUGAUUUAAUUGCUGCUGUUGACCCUUUCUAAUACUGCUGUAUUAUCCAUUGGCAGUAUUUUUUUUUUUAUUUCCUUAAUACUGGCUUUUCAAUAACUUAUUUAGAUCACAGUUUAUACAUUGAUAUUUUCUUACUAACUUUUCUCUUUUGCUAACAGUUUAUGGUAAAAUGUAGACAUAAUUCUUUCUUCAGCUACUUACAUUUUGGUUUGUAGUUACACUGAAUUCUUUCUACCUUUGUUAGUAACAAUGGUAUGAAAGAAUCUAAUAGAUAUUACAACAGUCACUGUUAAGAUAUCCUGUAACUAAACCAACCCAAGAAUUUGCUUGAACAACAGUUUAAUGCAGAAAAAAGCUUUUGAUAUUUCUAUCAAUUUUAGAAAUGUGUGAUGACAUGGUUAGCAUGCAAACACUCACAACUCUUUUUGCUAAAUACCUGUAUAGUUGGUAUCACAUUAACUACUAGUGUGCAUAAUAAUUGCAAUUCAAUGGCUUCUUCAUAACAAUGAAAAUAAUUUAUUACAUAUUUUGUGCAGAUAUGCUAUUGAUAUCCACAAAAAUGUUCUACUAUUCUAGUGGUUUUAAUUAUUGUAGUAAAUAUGCUACUAAAAAUCUUGCUUAAACAGAAGUUGAAUCCUUUAACUAAUUCCAUCAAGAAAGGAAAGUUAGUCAUUUUAUUAACAGAAUAUCAACUGAUAGUUGUUCUAAGCUAUAGUAAGUACUAUACCACUUCAUAGGGAUUUUAUUGGUAUUUUCCAUAAAUUAGACUUGAUUAAAUUUAUAUUUAAACAGUAUCAGUUUAGAAUAAUUUUUUUUUUAAUCUUAUGUCUUUCUCAUUGUUAGAAUUAGUUAGUGUGUCAUUAAAUUGGUGCAUAAUUAUUGAGUACAAAAGUGUUUUGUCAAAAGGUUGGUUGGUUUGUUUCUACACUAUGUUCUUGUGCUAAUGAGUUAUUUUUUAAACUUUCUACUCCUACAAUUUCCUGACAGUUGUAUAUCUCUUUAAAGAAUAUUGCACUGGAAUGCUUUUUUCUGUCUUUAAAAUUGUGCAAAUGAGUUAAGAAAGUAAGUGGGCCUGAAAGAUAUUGAUGAUAUAAGUAAGAGUGACAAUUAUAAGAAAGUACAAUGAGUUUUUGAUGGGAAGGGAUUAUAGAGGAGGUAAAUUAAUCAAAGUAAGAGAUAGGAAAGUAUUGCGCUUCACUGAUAGAAAGAUACUGUUUCACAACUAUCCAAUACUGAAUGUUGGAACAAUAAUGGUAAUUGUAAAAAUACCCAGCUAUCUUGAUUAAAAACGGCACUGUGCACCAGUAUAGUUAAAUAGUAAAAACUUGGAUUUUAAAAAAAUAUACUAACAAAGUGAUAUAUAUACAUAUAUGUGUAAAGGAGAAGUAGAGAAAACUAAAACUUUUGUGGAUAUAUUUACUAGAUAGUCAUGUAUAUGAUUGUAAAACUUCAUAAUCAUUUGAACAUGUAAGGUAGAGUAAGUAUAGAUGGACUAUUAUUAUGUGUGUAUAUCACAACUGUUCCAACAGUUUUACCUCAGUUGAUAUCUUCGUACAGUCUUUGUUUAUCUGUACAAAAUAUCUUUUUAAGGCAUACUUUUUAUUACACAAACCUUAGGUUUUAGUGCAUGUAUCUUUUCUAAAUUUAGUCUACAUAUUAUUAGAUAUAAAAAGUAAUGGCAAAAUAUAACAACAAUAUAAAUAAUAGGCAAUUUUCUUUUUCUUUUUCUUCUUUUUUAGUACAACUCUCAUUGUUUACAAAGUCCACAAGCUUUUGCAGUAAUUCUCUUCAAGAUUUAUCUAUGCUAGUUUUCAAUGAAAUAGCCUCUGCUAUGCUACAUUUCACUUUUACAAACAUCAUAUUAUCAACUGCCAGUUACCAUUUGUUGAUUUAAUCUUAUCUACCAUUAUAUUAAGAGUUACCUAUUGGUAGUUUAAUAUAUUGAUAUAAGUCAUUAUGUGUAAACACACCCAGUUUUAAACUAUUUAUAAUAUAAUACUGUUUUUACUCCAUGGUCAGUUAGCUGAUGUUGUUAAGGGUUUGGUGUAUAUAUGAGGAAAAGAGCAUUAUUUUCCUUCAUUGAUACAAUAACAUGUUGUUAGUUCACUAAUCUCACAGGAAAAGGGUCAUGGAAAUUUGAGCUAGAGUUUGUCAUUGUUUGUCAAGUUCAUAACUGAGUUUGUGUUCAGCUCAACUUGUUUGAUGUAAUCUGUUUCUUAAUUAACUGCCUUCAUACAUAUUUUAAUUUUCUGUUUGUGUUAUAUUUAAGAUUUGCCUGUAUUUAUUUCCACAUAAGCAGCCAGCACCUGAUACAAGUUGAUCACCUCUCAUUCUUGGAUAUUCAUGUAUCUUCAUCUACACUUCAUUCUCUAAUUAAUCAUUACAGACUUCAUCUUUAUAAUUUUUGUUUUUCUUGGCUUUUUCACCUGUCGAAUUCCUUCACUUUUGGGCAAGUUUUUUUGUUCUUUUGGAUGUUUGCUUUUCUAUUUCUUUUUUCUUUUCUAUUUUUUUUUGUUUCUAUUUUCUUUCAUGUCUCCUGUUAUUCAUUUAUAUUUGAAAUCCGUUUUAUUUCUGAGUGUCAUCUCCAUUACUGUAAGAGUGCAAAACUAUAUUCCUAUCUUUCUCUCCCUCUCACUCGCUCGCUCUCUCUCUCUCUAUAUAUAUAUGUAUAGCUGUUUCAUCAACAGAUACCAUGUGCAUGUAUGUAAAUUGGCAAUUGUACAUAAAUUGUGUAUACACACCAUUUGUUGCUGCCAAAUAUAUUAGGCCCUGUAAUAUAACCCCUGUACAAGCCAAUAAUAAAAGCAGCAGUGUUGCUAUAUAUUUCUGUAAAAUAUGUUAAAAUACUUUACUUUAUUUUCCCCAUCCCUUAUACUAACAAAUACCCAGGAUUGAAAACAGUAAAUAUUAAAAAAAAACAUUGCAUGUCUUUACAAAUAAAACAUUAUAUCAAAUUCUA